AUGCAGAAGGUGCUGGUCCAGCAGUACGGCUUCAAGCUGGAGGAGAUUUUGAUGAUCAACGAGGAUCAGGACAAGUCCAAGUGGCCUUACAAGAAGGUCAUCCUCGAGGCCAUGCAGUGGCUUUACCAGGACGCCCAGCCCGGGGAUCUCCUCUUCUUCCACUACUCCGGCCACGGCUCCCAAUACCAGGCGGACAAGAAGUCCAUGCCCGCCGACUGCAUCUGCCCCCUGGACUGCAUCGACGAGGCAUGGCCCAAGGCGGUGAUCCUGGACACUGAGAUCCACGAGUACCUCUACGCGCCGCUGCCAAAGAACUGCCAGGCGGUGUGCUUGUUCGACUGCUGCCACUCCGCCACCGUGGCGAACCUUUGUGAGACCAUGGUGGUGCAGGAGGGCCCCUUGACGGAGGCGAAGAAGCAGAAGUUGUUGGCGGAGUUGACGAAGCAGAAGGACGCCAUCGGCACCAAGGUGCGCUUCUUCACCGAGGUGAACACGGGGAAGCUGGACAUCAAGAAGAAGAGCAAGGAGGAGCUGAAUCAACUCUUGGCCAAGAGCGGCUUCCCCAAGAGUGUCGGGGACUACAACGACGACGGCUCCGGGUACACGUAUCUCACGGGCCAGGCGAUCUCCACCUUGUGCAACGAGUCGGUGCAAAAAGCCCAGGCGCAGCUGGAUGAGAAGAGCAAGGCCGUGGCGAAGAUUCAGAACCUGAAGCCCGGCGAGGGCGCCAAGAUCUACAUUGGCAACUUGGAGGAGGACGAGCAGGAGGACUACAAGAAGUCCCAUCAGUCCAAGAUGAGCAAAGAGGUGAGAGUCCGCUACCUGCCCCAGCCGGAGAUGGACAUCGAGGAGGAGGAGCGGAGCGUGAAGCCGCUGGGUGCUGGCAUGCGGGACGUGGUGCGCAAAGAGAAGUUCACCGACCACGAGCUGUGGGUGUUCUCCGGGUGCCAAGAUGACCAGACCAGCGCGGACGCCCACGUGGAGGGCAUCUACCAGGGGGCCUUCACCUGGGCGCUGAUCAAAGCGUUGAAGAAGGACUCCUUCACCGAGAACUACAGGGACUUGCUGAUCCAGAUCAAGGCGAACUUGGAGAGUGGGCGCUACAAGCAGGUGCCUGCGCUGUCCACCACGCACCCCAUGUACCUUGACUGCGCCUUCCUGGGUAAGAGCUGA